CAUAAUGUAUGCAUGACUUGGUAAUGAGUUUACUUUGAUUUAACUAAAUAUUGCAAUACAUUUUAAUAAUUGCAUUAAUAAAGUCCUCUCUCUGUUACUAAUGUUAUUUGAUUAUGCUGUAGUUAACCUUCAAAACAAGCCAGACUUUGUGGUUUGCAACAGUAUGGUUUGUAUACAUCAAUCUAGUGAGCAUAUUUCAUUUAUCUAAUCACAAAUUACCUAAUAAGCUCAGAGCAAACAUCACUGUCUAGUGUGAUCAAUAUGGCUGUUUAUUGAAUUAUAGUUACUAAUUAUAGUUCUAAUGCAAAGCCAACUUAUAACCCGUCCCAAAAUCAAUGUGAUCAAUGUAAUUUGUAAAUGAAAGUUUUAUGAAGAUUAAAUUACAACACUGGAACUUUGGUGUUUGUUAAACUGUUUGGCUCUCUCUACAUUUACAUUAUUCAUAAAGGUGGAUCUUAUCUUUUGUUUAGUGUUCAAAUUAGAAAGUUACCUAUAUGCAGAUUGUUUCAUUAAUAAGAUAAAAUACCCAGAAAGCACAUAUGUCUCCAAGAUGUCUGUUCAAGAAUAUUUCAUCUGUAAAGCGGUGCAUUCUUAUCUGCUAAACAUCUUAAAAGAUCAGAUUUACAAACAUUCUUAGUCAUAAACAUCUCAAAAGACAAAGGCUGUAUGUCUUAUUAACUUCCAAAGGAAACGUCUUACAGAUGUAUUACAGAUCUAAAAAAAAAUAUGUCUUCCAGAUGUAAACACAAACAUCCAAUAGACGUCUGGGUACAUGUGCUGUGCUAUUAAUGUACAUACAGAAUGCUUAGAAUGUUAAUAAAACGGUCUGUAUUACAUAUUGCAUUGUUACAUAAUUACCACAGUGCACUUUUGAUAUGUCGCUUGUGAUUCAAACAUUAUUUGACCAGACUGUACAUGAAAUAUACCACAAAAGAGGCUAGCCCUUGCAAAACAAAAAAUAUUGUGCAAAAUAAAUACAGUGUGAUGUUUAAUCUUUGUGUACAUGUGGAGCGUGACUGUGGUUUGAGAAGUUCCCAGCCCAAUGGGCGGAGCACGUGACAGAUCACGCCCCAUUGUGGGCGUGGUUUUGCGCAGCUGCUGCUCUUAGCGUUCGCUUCAGUAAAUAGACUUUAGAACAACUUGCUCUCUCUGCGGUGCGGUCGCAGGGGAGCGAGCCUCGGCGAGGAAGUACACUUAAAAUCCAACCGAGACAAAAGAGACACUCCAAAAACAAUCUUGUGGACGUUUCUCAAACAGGAACUUCUUUUGUGGCAGCUCCUCAAAAGGGAAUAAAUUCGUCGAGAUUUUAAAGUCAUCGAUUGUCUGAAAUUGGAAUAGUUUUUUUUUUUUGUUCACAACAGAGCUUUUUUUUUUUUUAUUGUGUUUUUUUAUUUAUUUAUUUUUUAUAUCUCUUGGAUAUUUCUAUUUUCCCCCCUUUGUUAUUUUUAUCGCUAUUAUGAUGCGCUAAAGCGUAUGCCUCAGCGGAUAUGUCGGACACGUCCAGAGAGCAAACGCUGGCUAAUGGCCCGGCUUCUUUAGAAGAGACGCGGGGAAGCGGAGAGAGCACCGGCGGCGGAGAGGUCUUGCGCUCCGAGCAGUUUGCCUUCCCUCAGCCGAGCGAUGGGGACCCGUUAAGGGGAGGGAUUUCCAUGUCGAGUGGUCCUCAUGGUUACCAGUCGAGGUCACCGCUGUCCCGAAACUUCUCCAGGUCCUCUAGUGGCUAUUUUUCCGGCGACAGCGAGUCUGUGCCAAGUUCCCCUCUAAUGCCUAAUAUUUCCGAAGCGCAAGACGGCCAAAAUGACGAAGUAUGGUUUGCUGACCGAAGCAACCAGCACGUGCAGAUGGCAGCUCCUGUUGGAGCCAUGCGACCAGAGGAAGUGUUGGUCGCUUGGGAGCUGCGCCGCAUUGGAGAUGAGUUCAACUGCCUGUACUUUCAGGGAGUUGUUGCAGGUGGGAACAACGCAGGCCAGCUACGUGCUCCAAACGAGCACGCCAUCAUCGUGUGGAUGAAUGACCUUAUCGGUCGCAUAGUACAGAUAUUCCUGCGAAGAAGAUGAUUUAAAGAAACAAUGCCCAGCAGACAUGUAGCAGCAAGUCUUCUGACUGUAUAUAUGUAAAUAAUAAGGGCAGUGCUGCUCUUCCGCGACCUCUCUGGGAUUCGGCGUAUAGCGGUUUUGGACCUGUCGGGGUGUGUGCUCACCUGAAUUGAUAUCGAGCGGGAACCCUCAGCCAUCCAUAGACUGUUUCCUGCGUUGACAUGGAAAGCUGAGCCAUUGGAUGCUGUGCUGAUGUGACUGUUGGGAGGUUUUUUGGAACCUAAUGUGGAGUGUGGAAAACGUGCAUUCAUUGCCUGUUUGCCCUUGUCACGUCUUUUGUUUGUUUGUUUUUGUCGUCAUUUUUUUAUUCUGUCGUUUUCUUCUCUCAAUUUUUAUAUUUAUUAUUCACUAUAUUUAAUUUGUAAGUUUUGUGUAUAUUUCAUGAACGUGGAUGUAAAUGGUGACUGAUG